AUGGCAGGUCCUAGCGAUGAACAUAAAAAAGAGCUUAGCUUUGCUUCUCAGGUACAAGCAUUUGAUUUUUGUGGCGAAUCGAUUGAUGCUUCUUUAAGAAAACUAUUAGCUAGAGUUCUUUUACCUAAAGAAGCACAACAGAUUGAUCGUGCUAUGGAAGAUUUUGCUAAACGAUAUCAUGAAUGUAAUCCAGGACUAGUGGAUCAUCCAGAUGUUGUUUAUGCAGUAGCAUUUUCUAUUUUGUUGUUGCAUACAGAUGCUCAUAAUAAGAAUGUCAAACAAAAGAUGAACAAGGAUACAUUUAUUAUGCGUACAAAAGUGAUUGAAGGAGGAGAAGGAUUUCCACAUGAAAUAUUAGAUAUUAUUUAUGACAACAUUAUCAUGUCAGAAUUUACCUAUGCAGACAGUCAGACUACACUCAAAAAUUCAUCUUGGUUCUCUAAAUUAAAGAGCAGCAGUUCUGUUGACUUGACACAUCAUCAUACCCAAUCCAAUGCCCUCUUGAUGGAUCUCUCUCAGAAAUUAGAGCAACUCAUGCCUGCCGAAAAUAGUUUUCGUUAUAAACGGACUCUGAAACCAAUUCCUAUGAUGGAAAUCCACCUGUCGCUUUUAAAAGCCAAAUCGUUAUGUUUAGCAGGUGUCAAGAGCAAACAUGACAGCAGCACAUCCACACACAACACAUUCACGAUACGUGUGACCAAAGCAGGUAUCUUGGAUAGAAAAUACGAUUUGAUUCAAGGAGGCAAAAAAGCAACGGCUCGAGGAUGGAGACCGUUUGGUGUGAUUUUGAGUGGUAGUCAAAUCAUUUUUUUUGGUGAUGUAUCUUCUUAUCAACAAUGGCUUGAAGAAGAACCCAUGUCACCCAUGUCUAUCCAUUCCACCUCAGAAUUGAUUUCAAAAAGAAACCAUAGUUUCCCUGUCUUGGCUGAAUCUAUACCCACCUCAUCUUAUUUAAGACCUGUUCAGAUCGUAUCUCUUUCUUAUGCUGUCUGCAUUUGUGAUGAACAAUACACUAAAUACCCUCAUGUCUUUCGACUCAUCACAGGUGAUGGACAGCAAUUCUUGAUGCGAGCACAGAAUGAUCAAGAGAUGGAUGACUGGAUCCUCAAGAUCAAUUAUGCUGCUACACUCAAGACAACAGGUGUACGUAUGCGACCCUUAAAGCGACAGAUAGACAGUGAACGAUCUAAACGAGAAGAAAGAGCCAAAGAGAAAGUACAGGAACUAUCAGAUCGUAUUGAUGAACAAGUCAAACUAUUGGACCGUGAAUUACAACUACGCCGUAAUCUGAUGGUGAUCGUACCUUAUCAAAAAUCAACCAAGGAUCGUAUUCUUGCUUUUGCAGAGACAGUAGGCAAGCGUAUUAAAAUCAAACGUAUUGAACUGCAGCGACUUGAAUGCUAUCGAGAUUACCUUGAAGCAGAAUUGAAUUGGCAUCCAUCAGCAAGUCAACAGCAGCAGAGAAAGAUGUCUUUACCUUUACCUUCUCAUUUAUGUUCCUUGGUCUCUUUACCAACCGCCAAAAAACUAUCUCAUCUUGCAUUUGAAGAAGAAGAAGAAGAAGAAGAAGAAGAAAAUGAAGAAAAAAAGGCGGAAGAAGAUAAUCUACCUGUCAAGGUAGAAGAUAAGAAAGAUUUGGACCGUGUCAUGCGUCGAAGAAGUCAAAGUAAUCCUGUGAGACCCAUGGAUAAGAAACUAUUGCUACUAGAACCACCCAAACCCCAUGGUAGACAAAGAAGUGGGUCAGAAGCAUCUUCUGUAGGAGGAGAUGAUGAUAAUAUGAGUGUGAUUAUUGUCAAUGAUUCUGAAGAAUUAUUAACAGAAUCAUGGCCACCAGCAGAAUAA